AUGAGGGAUCGGCCCGUCAUCAGCAUCGAAAAUUACACCAUAUGCUGCGGCGACGCUGAUGAGAACAAAGUAGGUGGCUGCGCGAUAGCUGUGAGGAACGAUUACAAGAACCUGGUGGAGGAAUUUGGCUCAACGUCGUCUAGAUGCGCCUUUCUACGACUGCGGGAUCGCAGAGGACGUAAACUCUGGAUCGUAAGUGCUCACGCACCUACGGAAACCGCUGAGGACAACAGUAAGGACGGCUUCUAUGAUGAACUCAAUGCGUUGAUGUCUAAAAUAGCAAGCCAGCAGGUGGUCAUUAUCGGAAUCGACGCAAAUGCGAAGAUGGGACUCGAACAGCAAUCCGAUGUGCUAGGAAAAUGGUACUAUGCAGCUGAGCGCACGUAG